AUGAUAGUAGGGCUGAUAGGAGAAACAGUGACAUGUUACUGUGGUGGAUAUUACAAUACAUAUUAUGGUCUUGAACAUGAUGUUAUUUCAGAAUGCUGUGCCACAGGCAAAACAAUAUAUGUUGUAGCUGCAAUUUUUGGUAUAAAUGAUGCAAAUCGUAGUCGUUCUGCCUCUACGGCGAGCAACGGAUCUGCGGCUAUAGAUAAAUCAAUCAUAAUAAGACCUUUAUAUACUUCAUUAUGUUGUAAUUUUGCCGUUGAAGAUAGUGUUAUCGGCGAUAGUUGUAUUGGAAAACUGAAAACAUUUUGGUUAUAUUGGACAUGUUCAUAG